AUGGCGACUACCUUUUCCUACGCCCAAGCAGCUAAGGGCAUUGCUUCAACAGCCCCAACAAUGAUAACAGCAGAGUCGAAUAACGCUACCAAGCCAGAUGGGCCAAAUUCGGGUGUGCAAGUUGAAAAUUCCGUGAGCUCGAAGGCCGAAGCAUCUCAGGAAGCGGAGAAUGUAACUGCCAUCGCAGGCAAGGAUUCAGAGACUGCAGCUCCCAUCAACUCUAAGGCGAACGCUUCAGGAACAUCAUCCCCCAGUGUUGGUAACUCGUCGUCGACUUCUACAAUAGCGAAGGAUGAGGAUUUAAGCACUCCUAAUGGCACCUCGGAAUCUACCUGGGACAAGCAAUCCCAGGAUUCGGGAACCGAUAAGCCGCGCAAUGGGGAUGAAACCCCAAAGGACAAGCUUACGGGAGAGAAAGAAAAGAACGAACCUCCUAAGGAGCUGAAGGCUGCUCCACUUCCGUCGGUAAAUGUGUGGCAACAGAGAAAAGAGGCACAGGAAGCCAAGGCCAAAGCAGUGGCGUCACUGAAGCCAGCCAACUCUGAGAGUGGAAGUGUUAAGACUGGAUCCACAGCUUCUUCGAUAUCAGGGAACAACCAGCAAGAUCAGCCAAAAGCAGCGACUAGGAAGAAGGGAGGGGAUACCGAGGGCAAAGAUAGGAAGAGGGCAGUACGUGAUGAAUCCGUAACUGUCCCACCAGUUGAAGAUGCAGCCUCGUGGCCGACGCCUCAGGUCGCUCAAGGCGAAGAGAAGCGGAAAGCACAAGAAAAGGGCGACAAGACCGAGAAGUCUGAGAAGAGCCCUGUGAUCCGACCUCACGGAAAGGAGAAAUGGAUGCCCGUCCCAUAUGUUCCUACUGCCGUUUUCAACACCCCUCUCCCCUCCGCUGCUCGCAGAGGUGGAAGAGCUGCCCGUGGAGGACGGGAUGGCGCUCGGAAUGGAGCCCACGGUGCCGGAGCUUCUACCGUUGAUAAAGCUGCCUCUGGUCAGGUAGCUCAGGGCUCUGGCAAGGCCACAACCACCGACCGGGGAAGGAAUGAGCCAAACUCUGCUCGCGCAAACUCGCUUCCUGCAACAUCAAGGCGAUCCAACAGCACCGACGCUGGCUCGGCAGACCCACGUAAAUCUCAGGCAGCAGACCGCAGCCGUGCGCCUAAGGGAGCGGAUAGUGCCAAUGCCGCCCCUGCUGGUAGACAUGGCGAUACGUUCCCCCGGAAUCAUCGUGAUGCUAAGGCAUUCAAGAAUCAUGAAUCGGGCCACAAAGGAGAUCAUGGUUCCAAAAACCCGAAUCUGUCUGUGGAUGCACAAGCUGGUCCUCGCAAUGGUUCUUCACAUGACCGUCGAUUUGAAAAUGGUCCCAGGUCAGCGGAUUUCGCUGGAUUUUAUGGUGACCGUAAGGACAAGGAGUUCUCUCGUGAGUCACGUGCCGAACGAGGCAGAGGCUCGCACCGUGGCCGGGGAGGCUUUGGCGGCUCUCAGAAUUCCAACUUCCCCAACAACCACAUGUCGCAUAGUUCGUUCAUGCACCAGAAAUCGUACGGCUUUAGCGACCGGCAACGGCCACAGCAUGGGCUUGCCAAUGGUUCUCAGGGUCACAGGAUGUCCUUGAGGUCACCUUCGCUACCUAACUCUGCGUCCAUGUAUGGUGUCUAUCCCUUCCCUGCGGAUAUCAACACCAUGUAUGGCUAUCAGCCAAUGCACGCUGGUCCUAUGACGGCAGCCCCAUAUCCGCAAUAUAUGGAACCCUACUCCCUGAUGAGCAUGGUUUCGUUCCAGCUUGAAUAUUAUUUCUCUGUUGAUAACCUGUGCAAAGAUUUGUUCCUCCGUAAGCACAUGGACUCACAGGGAUUUGUGGAUUUGGCAUUCAUCGCCACUUUCAAGCGAAUCAAGACAUUGACCGAAGACUUUGAGUUCCUCCGCCUUGCGGCCCGUCAAUUGAGAAACGUUGAACAUGUUGCUGGAGAAGAUGGUGUUGACCGUCUGCGAGCGCGGGAGUGGGAGCAAUGGGUUCUACCUUUGAACCAGCGCGAUCCCUCUGCUCAGAAUAGUGGCACUUCCCCGGCAAAGCAGAGCAAGGCCGACGAGGGCUCAACACCGCAGAGCCAUGUGGAUGGGGCGACAAAUGGGUCUACUUCCCAUCAGUCCUUAUCAAAUGGUAUUCCCAAGACAUCAUUGUCUUCUGAUGCGCCAGAAUUCUCUCCUGCGAAGGCAACUGAUGCUCCAGCUGAAUACGUCUCCUUGGACAGAACUCCUCCCUCUCUUCCCGGGAUGCUGGCCUGUUGUGCUUUCCGAAACGUGUUCUUGACGAACGAACUUUAUACGGCAACCCGAGAUGGUGACCGUGAUAUGGAUGUCCUGUACCAAUUCUGGUCGCACUUCUUGGUCCAAAAUUUCAAUGCACAAAUGUACAAUGAAUUUAAGAGUCUAGCGUUUGAUGAUCUUACACGAAACUUUCUCAAGAAUUCUCGUCUUCACUCUAGUCUCAUAGCCACAAACACCCUGAAUCGUGUUCGACGAAGAAAUGUAUCUACCUCGCCUCAAAGGCUUGCGCCCGACUCAUCACUCCUGCACUUCGGGCCUGGCUCCUCGCCGGGCGGCGGCGUGCCUGCCACAUACUUCGCGAAUCGCUCGACACUUCCCAUGAACACCAUCAUCCGGUUCGUCCCCCAGCAGACCGCGUGGAUUGUCGAGCGCAUGGGGAGGUUCCAUCGAAUUCUUGAUCCUGGCCUGGCAAUUCUGAUCCCGUUUCUCGACCGCAUCGCCUACGUCAAGAGCUUGAAGGAGUCCGCUAUUGAGAUACCUAGUCAAAAUGCCAUUACAGCCGACAAUGUCACAUUGGAGCUUGACGGUGUUCUAUACACGAGGGUUUUCGAUGCCUACAAGGCAAGUUACGGCGUCGAGGAUCCCGAAUAUGCAGUCUCUCAACUUGCGCAGACAACAAUGCGUUCGGAAAUCGGUCAGCUUACGCUGGACCAUGUGUUGAAGGAGCGUGCAACCUUGAAUACCAACAUCACAAAGGCCAUCAACGAGGCGGCACAGGUCUGGGGUGUCGUCUGUCUGCGGUACGAGAUCCGGGAUAUCCAUGCUCCGGAUGGAGUGGUUGCUGCUAUGCAUCGGCAGGUGACGGCCGAGCGGUCGAAGCGGGCGGAGAUCCUGGAGUCCGAGGGCCAGCGACAGAGUGCGAUUAACAUCGCGGAAGGCCGCAAACAGUCCGUCAUUCUAGCCUCGGAGGCCAUCCAGGCGGAAAAGAUAAACCGCGCUGCUGGUGAGGCCGAGGCGAUCCUGUUGAAGGCUCGGGCUACUUCCCGCGGAAUCGAAGCCGUGGCCAAGGCUAUUGAGGCUGGUCAGGAGAAUGCCCACGGCGCCGUCAGCCUCAGCGUGGCUGAGAAAUACGUCGACGCGUUCUCGAAGCUUGCGAAGGAAGGCACUGCAGUGGUGGUUCCUGGAAACGUUGGCGAUUUGGGUGGAAUGAUUGCAAAUGCCAUGGCUGUCUACGGCAAAGUUACAGAGGGCCAGGCGAAAAGCAUCGCGGCGAAGGCUCUCGGAGUGCCGGAGCCAUCACAGAGCGCAACUUCUCACGAAAUCCAUGAGCCGACAACACCUACCAAGGACUGGGAACCCGUUGCAGAGUCCCAGGAGGGAGCGACUGGAAAAGACGGCGUCACAGAGAAUGUGCUGGAGAGCUUCGACCAGGCCAAAACAAGUGAAGCUCAUAGCUACGAAGUUUUGGAAAUGCAUAUCAUCAAGCCAGUUUGGCUAACGCAUGGAGGUGAGAGGAAGGAUUUUGAAGUCUACAGUUGCGAUGUUUCGCCCGAUGGAAGCCGACUUGUUACAGCCGCUGGAGAUGGAUAUGUUCGUAUAUGGUCUACGGAGGCUAUUUGCAACACUGAUGACCCAGAGGUUGCGAGUAAGCCAAAACAGCUGGCCUCUAUGAGCAACCACUCCGGAACAAUACAUACCGUCCGAUUCUCACCUAAUGGGAAGUACUUGGCAUCGGGAGCAGACGAUAAAAUUGUUUGCAUCUACUCCCUGGAUGCCAAUCCCCCGUCUCACGCUUCGACAUUUGGAUCAAACGAGGCGCCACCAGUAGAGAACUGGCGCACAAUUCGCAGACUGAUAGGCCAUGAUAAUGAUGUGCAGGAUUUGGGAUGGUCCUAUGAUUCUUCUAUUUUGGUUUCCGUCGGCCUGGACUCUAAGGUGGUGGUGUGGUCGGGCCACACAUUUGAGAAGCUCAAAACCUUGUCUGUUCACCAGAGCCAUGUCAAGGGGAUUACAUUUGAUCCCGCAAAUAAAUACUUUGCGACGGCGAGCGAUGACCGCACCGUUCGCAUUUUCCGCUUUACCUCUCCAGCCCCCAACUCGACCGCUCACGAUCAGAUGAAUAAUUUCGUCCUUGAACACACCAUCUCUGCGCCCUUCCAUAAUUCCCCACUUACAGCCUAUUUCCGUCGCUGCUCCUGGUCUCCGGAUGGGAUGCACAUUGCGGCAGCAAACGCCGUUAACGGACCUGUUAGCUCCGUCGCAAUCAUUAAUCGUGGGUCAUGGGACGGAGAUAUCAACCUCAUUGGACAUGAGGCUCCCGUUGAAGUCUGUGCUUUCUCCCCGCGUCUGUAUUCUAGCCAGCCGGCCAACAAACCGGGGGUGGAUAGUCAAGGCCAUGCACCGAGCUCCGUCACGGUCAUUGCCUGUGCGGGAGGCGAUAAGUCACUGAGUAUCUGGAUUACAAGCAACCCCCGGCCUAUCGUGGUGGCUCAGGAGCUGGCGGCAAAAUCCAUAUCCGACCUCGCGUGGAGUCCUGACGGGAAGUGUCUGUAUGCAACUGCUCUGGAUGGUACGAUAUUGGCGGUUCGAUUUGAGGACGGAGACCUUGGCUUUGCGAUGGAAAUGGAGGAGAACGAGAAAUCACUCACCAAGUUCGGUACUAAUAGAAGGGGUGCCGGCAUUACGGAGACUACGGACGGUCUUCUACUAGAGGAGAAGAGCAAGGCUGGCGAGAUCAAGGACGUUGAAGGAAGAAUGGGAGCUUUGAUGGGCGAUAACCAUGCGGCCGCCGACAGCAUGGUUAACGGCAAAUCAACCCCAUUACCGUCAAAUGGUGUAACACCAGCUCGAGUCGCGUCUCCUGCCUCCGAUGCGCAAAAGGCACAGCCGGACGGAACCACGACGACACCAGCCGCUCCGGAGGUGGAGAAGCCAGACCCUUACCAGGCAAAGUUGGAGAGACUAAAGCAACGUCCUACGUACACGAAAGAUGGCAGAAAGCGUAUCGCACCUCUUCUGGUCUCCGGCGCAGGGGCGGCCGAAUCUUCUCUGCCACAGGCACGGCUUAUGGCUUCGGUGAGCAGCCAAGUGAAAGCCGAUACACCCCAGUCCAUCGUGGAUCUCUCCAAGCCCUUUGACGGCCUGCCAAAAGGGGGUCUGGCCGCGCUGCUGUUUGGGAAUAAACGGAAACUGGCGCAGCUGGAGGGUGAUGAUGAUGGUCACGUUGAAAAACGAGUGGCGCUGGCAAGUGCGAAUGGCGCUACUCCCAUUCUUGCAAACACGCCCGACGGUCUCCUCCCUGCACAACCACAACCCCCGUCCGAGGGGCAGCAACCGACACCUGAAUUUAUUCGACCCGCCGUAACAAACCCAUCCAUGGCUAUCAGUCAACUGCGACUGGCGGUGCCGAAGGUCCGCAGCCAGAUUCUGCGUGCCAUCGACGAGGCAGGGAAGCCCACCGAACCCCCUAGCACUGCGGGAGAGUCGAGUAAAUCUCGGGUAGAUGUGGUUUUCGAAGCCCGGAACCCAUCUCCCGCGAGCUUGACGGGUCGCGCUGUCGAUCGGGAGCCAGUCCGGCUCACACUCUAUCGGGGGGAACAGCCUCUGUGGCAGGAUUUCCUUCCGCGGGCCGUCCUUCUUGUGACGGGCAACCAGAACAUGUGGGCUGCGGCUUGCGAGGAUGGAUCGGUAUACAUCUGGACCCCCGCCGGCCGUCGUCUCGUUAGUGCUCUUGUCCUGGAGGCGCAGCCGGUGAUACUGGAAUGCAAUGGGCCAUGGAUUCUUUGCAUCUCCGCGGUGGGGAUGUGUUAUGUCUGGAAUGUACAGCACCUGUCGUCGCCUCACCCGCCUAUCUCCCUGCAGCCGGUGCUGGAUGCGGCAGUUCACACGCUGGGAGCGCAUCCCACGGCGGCACCGGCGGUGACGAAUGCGCGGAUCAAUUCCGAAGGCCGCGUGGUGGUGGCUCUGUCCAACGGGGAGGGAUACGCAUACUCGCCCGCCAUGUAUACGUGGCAGCGCAUCUCCGAGGCCUGGUGGGCGGUAGGCAGCCAGUACUGGAAUACGACGGAUGCGCCGGUGGGCAACCUCCAACCCACAGAUUCCAAGCAGGACAAGGAAGCCAAGGCAAUGGUGUCGGCGGGCAUCAUCCCGUUUCUGGAGCGGAACACGACCAACGAGACGCUGUUACGUGGACGAGCAUACUUCCUUCAACGGCUGAUCAAGGUUCUUCUGUCGCGGGAGGGCUACGAGAGCUUCGAGUCGAGCAUGUCCAUUGCGCAUCUGGAGAACCGACUGGCCGCGGCCCUGUCCCUGGGCGCAAAGGAAGAGUUCCGCCUGUAUCUGUCCAUGUAUGCCAAGCGCAUUGGGGCCGAAGGGCUCAAGAUAAAGGUGGAAGAGCUACUCAAGGGGCUGAUUGGGGGACUGUUUGAAGAGGAGACGGCGACCGGAGAACGGCUGCAGGGGAACGAACAGGAAGACCGCAAUUGGCGAGAGAACUCGGAGACCCUCUGUGGCUGGCCACGAGAGGUCCUCCUGAAGGAGGUGAUCCUGGCAUUGGGUAAGCAUCGGGACCUUCAGAGGGUGACGGUUCCUUAUGCGAAGCUCCUGGGAGUAGUGGAUAAUAAUGAUUCGGAGGCCGGGGAUGCCAUGGAGACAUGA